AUGUUGUACGAGCAGGAUGCAAGCAAACCACUCAACCUCCUAUCAAACUGUGUCAAGCCUCUUCACUACAACCUCAGAAUCUUCAAUAUAGAAUUUGGAGGAGAAUGGGCCUAUGAGGGUCGGGUGAUAAUCGACGCCGAAGCGAUUGCUCCUGAAGAUCGACUUGUUAUCAAUGCCUACCAGAUCGAAAUACUUCGCUCUGAAGUUUCAUUCGACCUCGAUGGAUCAUCUUUGACGCAUUCGGCUACUUCAACAAUCUUGAAUGAAAAUGACCAGCAGGCUUGCCUAUCAUUUCGGGAUACUAUCCCAAAAGGAUCGUUCCAGUUGAGCAUUGCAUUCAAGGGGAGAAUCUCCCAGUCAAUGACAGGCUUUUGUCGUGCCAGAUACGAGCUGCAAACCGAAAAUAGCGUCGCAGGUAUCAAGGUCGGCAAGUAUCACUGGCAAUUAACAACUGACUUUGAGCCCUGCGAUGCAAGAAAGGCAUUCCCUUGUUUCGAUGAGCCUCACUUGAAAGCUACUUUUGAGCUCGAACUGGAGAUCCCAAAAGCAUUGACGGCACUAAGCAACAUGCCAGAGAAGUCAGUGCUUCUGCUUGAUGGAUCCCAAGCCGGAUUGAAGGCAGUGCGCUUUGAGAAGACGCCAGUCAUGAGCACUUACCUAUUAUGCUGGGCUAUAGGUGACUUUGAGUAUAUAGAAGCAUUUACGAAAAGAGAGCAUUCGGGUAGAAGAAUACCAGUCAGGAUCUACACCACAAAGGGUCUAACAAAGUAUGCCCAUUUUGCGUUGCAAGACGCUUGCAACACCCUCGACUUCUUCAGUGAGAGCUUUGGGGUCGACUAUCCCCUGCCCAAGUGCGACCACCUCGUGGUUCACGAGUUCAUCUCUGGUGCCAUGGAAAAUUGGGGCUUAAUCACUUACAAGCCAACCAAGAUACUAUUCGAUCCAUCUACCUCAGACAAUCGACUCAUGUCCAAAGCAUCCUAUGUCAUCGCACACGAAUUGGCCCAUCAAUGGUUCGGCAAUCUGGUCACCAUGAGCGGCUGGAAUGAGCUCUGGCUCAACGAAGGCUUCGCAACGUGGGCAGGUUAUCUUGCAGUGGAUCAUCUUCAUCCUGAUUGGAAUAUCUGGGGUCAAUUUGUGGAUGAAGCUUUAGAAGAAGCAUUUACGCUGGACUCCUUGAGGUCCUCCCAUCCCAUAGAGUCACAAGUCGAAAGCGACUCUCGUGUACACCAGAUGUUCGACAGCAUUACUUACUGCAAGGGCAGCGCCAUAAUCCGCAUGCUGGCCGCCCAUAUUGGUGACGAAACCUUUCUGAAAGGCAUCGCGGCUUACUUGAAAAGCCGCUCCUAUCAGAACGCUACGUCAAAUGAUCUCUGGAAAGCCCUGUCUGCAGCGUCUGGUGUAGAUGUGGCAACACUCAUGGAUUCGUGGCUCCAUGAAGCCGGAUUCCCAAUGGUCACCGCUGCACCGACAUUUGAUGGACUUCACCUGACCCAAAAACCAUUUCCCAGGUAUGGUGCGGAGCAAAGCAAUACCUGCUGGCAUGUCCCUCUUGGACUGGACAGGGAGUCUUUCACAACCACAGAUAAUAUACUCACUGCGCCAUCAGGCAGUUUCAAUCAGCUGGCAUCCUUGCCAAGGCUCAACAGAGAUCAUGCUGGCUUCUAUCGAACUGACUAUACUCAUGGCCAUCUCAUGUCGCUCACUAGUUUGUCUUCAGGGCUGUCCUCUGCCGAAAAAGUUGGAAUCAUCACGGACAUUGCAUCGUUGGUCUUCGCUGGGUUGAAACCUACAGGAGAGCUUUUGACCUUUAUGGGCAACUUCCGGCACGAAAAAGACUGUUUUCUCUGGUCACAGAUAAGGAAGUCUGCUGCUGCGGUUGUGUCAUCCGUUUCUCACGACCUGCAAGCCGUCAAAGGUCUCAAAACUUACUUCCGGCAACUCAUGCGAGAAGUCAAGUCCGAGAUCAGCUGGACUGGAUCUGCUGACAGCUACGUGAAAGGCGAGCUGGAGAAGAGCUUGAUCCAGCUUGCUGCUCUAGCUGACGAUGAGGAGGUACUUGACGAAAUCAGGCGACGGUUUUCUCGCUGGAAUAAUGGCGACAAGGACGCCAUCAACCGCAAUCUUCAAAGUGUAAUCUUUGGUGUAUCCGUUGUGAGAGGUGAGGAGGAGGAAUACCACGCUAUCAAAGCGGAAUAUAUCAGAAACAAUACCAUCGAUGGACGGGAGAUCUGCAUCACCGCUAUGGGAAGAACGAAAAUUCCGGCCAUGGCACGAGAUUUCCUGGACUUUACAUUCUUGUCCGAAGAUCACGUCACACUACAAAACAUCCACUUCGUUGGGAUGGCCUUGGGUAACGGGUCCUGUGCUGAAGUACUGUGGGAUUAUGUGAAAGACAAUUGGGAUGCGGUCUACGCGAGACUCCGAAUAAACAGCGUUGUUUUUGAGUGGUUCAUCGACAACGCUCUGAGCAGCCUCGACAGUCUAGAGGUGGAAUACGACAUUGCUCAAUUCUUUGCGGCAAAGGACCUUCCAGAGAUAGAUCAUCCUGUCAAUAUUGUGAGGGACAGCAUAAAGAGGAACGCAGCAUACAAGGCUCGGGCAGGGCCAGAAGUGUCGCAAUGGCUGAGGGAGAACGGUCUCUUAGCUUUGGAGACCGCAAAACCAUAG